GAUUAUAUUGACCCUAAUUUACGCUUCGCAAAUGAAUUGUUCUGCAGCUUCAUGAGUUGACAUUUUUAUGAAUAUUUACAAGGUAGAACUGAACAUCAGGCUCAACGGGUUCAACUGAUGUCAAAGUUUUUUUUUUUGUGAAUUAGUUAGACUGAAAAUAUCGAACAGUGUGUGGUCGUGAUACGAGUUCAAAACAAAACAGUGCUUUUCUAACCGACCUACAUCAACUCAAUCCACUCUGUGGAACGCGCGGCGAUCGUUUUCUGUGAUGCUUUUAGAUUAUUAUUUUUCGAAAUUAGGCAACGCCGCUGGCGUGGUUGGUGCAUGGUGACGUAGACGACGCUGCUAUGCAAACAAAGUUCGGUUGAUGGUUAUUGAGACUGCAAGUUUUGAAAGAUAAUUUUUUUAUUACUUAGUGUAAGUAAUCACCCAAUAAAACGCUUUUGAACUCAUCAUAUUGCGUGUGAUUGACUGCAGUUUGAUUGUGCUUGCAUCGAACGGAAGUGGCCUCGAAAACGGCGGUGAUGCCCUCGACGAGUUCCGUACGACUGAAAGUUAAGUGGUCAGAAUGGACUUUGAUCGCCGUAUCAACGAACCGUCCGUCAGUGAAAGAAGCGAACGCCAAUGUGAAGAGAACAAAAAGAAGUUCGAUCUUCACCAAGAAAAAAUCCUCACAAGCAUCGGUUUAGGAAUUUAUGGUAAAAUCUCAUGAUGUUUUUAAAACGUUUCUCUCGGUGUACAAUUUGCGUGCAGUGUGGACCCGAAACAAAUAUGCCAAAUUGUGACAUAUUUUGUCUGCGUCACGGAGAGCAAGUGGACUUUCGAACCGGUGGCGAUCGUCCGGAAAUCUCCGCCAACAGCAUCCUUUAUCACUUCUACCGUUGUGUAGCAAACAGGUUUAACAAGCGGCACGAAAGCCGGUUGCUCUAUCAUGGUAACCAGUUUUGGCCGGAUUUCUAUGAUAGUUGGUGCUAUGAAUCUUGAACAUUUCGGGAAACGAGAACAAUUUAUUGCCGAAACGGAGUUGCUCGCAUAAGGAGAAACUCUUUCAAAAACCAUAUCAAAUAUAUAUAUUUUAGAGAAAAACUUUUAUACAACGUAAGACGAAGCAAAAGUGACGUUAUACAAUCAGCAACCAUCAAAAUGAUUCGCGGAAUUUCAGCCCGUAUCUCCCAACUGAACAAUGCCACCAAUGCAGUGAAGAAAUCGUGGAGAAAGCAAACUGUUCAAUUUAUUAGUACAAAAAGUCAGUUCAAAUAUUUAGAGGAAUGCGUUUACCCCCCGGAAAAUGGUUUCGAACAAAAUUCACUCUACGGAAGAUCCCUGCCAAUUCCGCACACAACUGUGGACCAGUACGUUUGGGAGCACUUUGGACUGUGGGCGAACAAGACAGCAGUGGUGUGCGGUGUAACAGGCCGCAGCUACACGUACGGGAAAUUGCGAGACCAUUGUGCCGCACUGGCAAUUCGUUUGCAGCAGAAAUGCGGACUCGGAUAUGGUGACACCCUGGCAAUAUGUCUUCCUAACGUCCCGGAGUUUCCGGCGAUAACACUCGGUGCCAUAGAAGCCGGCUUGAUAGUGACUACAAUCAAUCCAAUCUACACGGCUGAGGAAAUCAGCAAGCAACUAAUGGACAGCAAUACAAAAAUUCUUUUCGGAUGUGCAUCAAACUUUACAGUAUUAAAAGAAGCGACAAAAUUAGCGCAAUGCAAUAUCCCAAUAGUUUGCGUUCGUACAAGUAACGAUGACAUACUGCCGGAAGGUGCUAUCGAUUUCGCUGAGCUUUCGAAUCCUUCUGGGGUGCACUUUAGCAGCUUACAGCAUCAUCCUCGUGACCCGGAAGAUAUUGUUUUUCUCCCAUACUCCUCGGGUACGACUGGCCUACCGAAGGGUGUAGAACUGACGCACACAAACAUAGUUUCUAACAGCGAAAUGUUGAAGGUUAAAGCGGGAAAAUCCAUCUUGAUAUAUCCCACUACCGACUCUUUCCAGGAUGUUCUACCAUGUGUUUUACCGUUUUUCCAUAUCUACGGUUUAACGGUAACCUUGUUAUCGAAGUUACAACAAGGGUGUAAACUGGUCUCACUUCCGUCAUUUCGACCGGACACUUUCAUUGAUUCAAUACACAAGCAUAGAGGGACGGUGCUUCACGUCGUUCCUCCGAUUGUAAUGUUUAUGAGCCAGAACGAUCUUGUGACAAAGGAGCAUUUACAAUCAUUAAGAAAUGUUUUCUCCGGUGCUGCACCCAUGGGCGCACUAGAUGCGCAAAGACUUAUUGACAAAGUUUCUGACCUCGUAUUUGCACAAGGCUACGGACUAACAGAAACAUCUCCCGUAGUCUUAAUAGGAGCUCUGGGUAGCGACAACUACUCGUCUGUUGGAUCACCACCACCUAGAACUCAGGCGAAAAUUGUUGCCUUGAAUGACCCCAACAACAUCGCACUAGGACCCAACCAAAAUGGAGAGCUUUUGGUACGAGGGCCGCAAAUUAUGAGGGGGUAUCAUAAUAACAAGCAAGCCACUGACGACAUUCUCGCUGACGGUGGUUGGCUACGUACGGGUGACAUCGCGCAUUACGACGAUCAAUUACAAUUCUACAUCACAGAUCGAUUAAAGGAGCUAAUCAAGGUGAAGGGCUUCCAAGUAGCCCCAGCAGAAUUAGAGGAAAUUCUUCGAGAUCACCCGGAAGUGUCAGACGCUGCUGUUGUGGGUCAACCACACCCAAUUUCGGGUGAGGUACCACGUGCUUUCAUCGUGAAAAAGAAAAACACAAGCGUGUCCGAGAAUGAUCUGAAGCAAUUUGUCGCCGAGAAAGUGGCAGUCUACAAGAAACUUGAAGGGGGUGUGACUUUUGUAGAGAGUAUUCCCAAAAACGCCUCCGGUAAAAUAUUACGACGUAAGCUCAAAGAUGAAUAUUGCACUUGAGUUAUGAAUGUGGAAAUAAGUUGCUGUAGUGUUAAGACAGUUUGAUAUAUAUCAUUCCUUCAGUAACACUCUCAGUCUUGCGCUUGAGAUAGUUUAAAUAAUUCGGAUAUAAGCAUGAGAAGACAGUCGUGGUUUUUCGCUGCAUUCACUCUAAGCCCAAUAUAUUUGUAUUACCUUAGAUCUCGAAGCCAAGUAAUGAACCACAGGGCAGUUGAUCUGAUUUUACGAAUUUGUACUGUAAGUCAUUUGUUUGCUGGGUUGCUUGAGUGGUAAGAAUCCCUUUUGUUAUCUACUAUUUAGUACAAUAAAGUAUGUCCAAUUUAAAGUCUGAUACUUUGUGUAAAAAUCCCUGUACGAGAUAAUAAAAAUAAAAAGUAAUAAAAAGUAAUGACCAAAACUAUUAAAAA